AUGUAUCCGGCACGGGUGUGGGGGUGGGGGUGGGAACAUGGUGAGCAUAACGGCGCCGAGUGUUGUGUGGGUCGAUCAGGAGACUGUGGUUGUCCGCGUCGCGUGAGCGUGUCUGUUGACGCGUGCUUCAUCCGGGCCUCUCGUGACUUCGGACCAGCAUCCUGGGAUGUGCCUUGCAGUAGCGUCCUCCACGCUGUCAUGCCCGACUGCGCCGAGCUGGUCGAUGAGGAGUCGACAGUCGCAUAUGCUGUAGAGCGCCGUUUGAAGCCUUUUUAA